AUGCUGAUAAAGUUAAUUGAUGCCACUCCGCAACCUUACCUGGAGUGUUCAUCUGAGUGUGAUCAUCUCGAAGAGAACUCAGCUUAUGAAUCUUGUUUGAAAUCUUGUAUUGCAAAUCCACGAUCACUGCACACGGCUAAUGGAUUUCAUCGAUCGUUCAACGAUUAUGAUGAUUCGUCAACAACCUCUCGAAGUUAUCCUCCGCCACCGACCAAUAUUACGGUGGAAACUGUUGCGGUGAUUGGCGAUGUGAAGUUUCUCGAAUUGACAGUUUACUGGGAUGCUGAACCGGGUAACGGCUAUUGA